AUGAGUUUGUAUAACUUUAAAAAGAUUGCUGUGGUCCCCACUGCUAAGGACUUUAUCGAUAUAAUAUUAUCGAAGACGCAAAGGAAAACACCAACAGUUGUACAUAAACAUUAUAAAAUUACACGUAUACGCGCCUUCUAUAUAAGGAAAGUGAAAUUUACACAGCAAAAUUUUCACGACAGAUUGUCUAGGAUUAUCCAGGAAUUCCCCAAGUUAGAUGAUGUUCACCCUUUUUAUGCGGAUCUUAUGAAUGUGCUUUACGAUAAGGAUCAUUACAAACUUGGUCUCGGUCAACUCAACACAGCCCGCCAUCUGAUUGACAAUGUAGCAAAGGAUUAUGUCAGACUACUCAAAUAUGGUGACUCAUUGUACCGUUGCAAACAGCUCAAGCGCGCUGCAUUGGGCAGGAUGGCUACUAUUAUGAAACGACAGGCUGCCAACCUCACAUAUCUGGAACAGGUCCGACAACAUCUCGCCAGGCUGCCGUCAAUCGAUCCAUACACCCGCACAAUAAUUAUCUGUGGAUUCCCCAAUGUCGGCAAGUCAAGCUUCAUUAACAAGAUAACCCGUGCUGAUGUAGAAGUGCAGCCUUACGCAUUCACAACGAAAAGUUUGUACGUAGGACACACUGACUACAAGUACCUCAGAUGGCAGGUAAUAGACACACCUGGUAUUCUAGACCACCCGUUGGAGGAGAGAAAUGUUAUAGAAAUGCAGGCGGUGACAGCGCUGGCGCAUUUAAGAGCUGCUGUUCUCUACUUCAUUGAUCCUUCGGAGCAGUGCGGUCACAGUAUUGAGGAACAGAUAUCCCUGUUUGAGAGCAUCAAGCCACUGUUCAGCAAUAAGCCACUGAUUGUAGUACUAAACAAAGUGGAUGUGGUGCGACCUGAGGAGUUGACAGAGCCCAAGAGACAGCUCAUCGAGGAACUGGAACAAGCCUGCGCUCAAGGCAAUGUAGUCAACGCAGACUCGAACUCUGAACUGCGCACGGUGCCAGUGAUGCGCAUGUCCACUCUGACCGACGAGGGCGUUCAGGAGGUGAAGAUCGAGGCCUGCGAGAGGCUGCUGGGCCACCGCGUCACCGAGAAGAUGAGGAGUAAGAAGGUGGACGGCAUCCUGAACCGGCUGCACGUGGCGGUGCCGGCGGCGCGCGACGCCCGCGCCCGGCCGCCGGUGCUGCCGCCCGCGGCCGCCAGGCGCCUGCAGCAGCGCGCAGAGCGCCUCGCCAGGAAGCGCAAGCUGGAGCGCGAGAUCGAGCUGGAGCAGGGCGACGACUACGUGCUCGACUUACAGAAGAACUACACUGAGAUCCCGGAAGAGGAGAGGUACGACCCCAUCCCGGAGUUCUGGGAGGGUCACAACAUCGCGGACUAUAUAGACCCGGAUAUAUUCGAUAAACUGGCCGAGCUGGAGAAAGAGGAGGAACUGCGGAUCGCUGGUGGAAUGUACGCUGUGCCCAAGAUAGAGUUGGACGAGACCAUGCGCGAGAUAAAGGACCUCGCGCGGCAGAUCCGCAACAAGAAGGCGAUCCUGAAGGACGAGUCGCGGCUGACGAAGCAGUCCACGAAGCCGGUGAUGCCGCGCACCAGCCGCGCCCGCGCCAAGGGCCGCUCCGCCUCCCAGCUCAGGGACCAGAUGGAGAAGCUCGGCGUGGACAUGUCGGAGAGCGAGACGGCGCACUUCACCCGCACGCGGUCCCGCUCGCGCUCGCUGUCGGCGCCGGCGAGCAAGCGAGCGCGCACCAGCAGUGCCUCUCGCUCGGUCAGCCGCCCGCCGCGCGACACGCAGGGCGUCAAGGACGUCGCGAUGCAAAGGAAGGCGAAGAACCUCGCCCACGUGGCGAUCGCGAAGAAGACGAAGAAGAUGGGUCUGAAGGGAGAGGCCGACCGCUUCAUCGGCACCAAGAUGCCGAAGCAUCUCUUCGCCGGCAAGAGGGGAGUCGGCAAGACCGACAGGCGA